AUGGUGGGGCAGAGCCCCUUGGACCCCAGCGAGAGCCGGACCGCCAUCCUCCUGGAGCCCUUCCUCCAUCAGGUGGGCGGCCACAUGAGCAUGAUGAAGUACGACGAGCACACGGUCUGCAAGCCUCUGGUCUCGCAGGAGCUGAGCUUCUACGAGUCGCUGCCCUUGGCCAUGAGGCAGUUCACACCCCAGUACAAAGGCAUCGUUUCUGUGCACCUUAAAAAGGACAGCCUUGGCAACCUGACCCUGAUCGCCAGCCCCAGCCUGCAGACAGAGAGCUGCGGCCGGCUGGAUAACGCCAUCGGUGACUCCUCGGUGACGAUAUGGCACAAGUGCAAGUGGGCUGCCAGCGCCGGCACCGGCAGCGAGCACACACUUGUCAAGUGGAGCCACACGCAGCUCACCAAGACCUUCAAAGACGGCUGCCCGGGAAAGAUGCUAUUGAGGACAGACCUUCAGUACCGCACAGAUUCACUUUUGGAAGACGCAAAUGGAAACCAGCCAGAAAGAAACGGCUACAACCCCUGGGGACUGCACUGCCACAGGCAGCACCUGAACCGCAUGUCCUCCAAGCACAACGAGAACAAACUUCAUCAGUUUCUAUUGCUUGAAAAUGUGGUAUCAAAAUACAACUAUCCCUGCAUCCUGGACUUAAAGAUGGGAACCCGGCAGCAUGGCGAUGAUGCCUCGGAGGAGAAGAAAGCCCGGCACAUCAAGAAGUGUGAACAGAGCACCUCUGCCUCUCUGGGCGUUCGCGUCUGUGGGAUGCAGGUUUACCAAGUGGACACUGGCCAUUUUCUCUGCAAAGAUAAGUAUUAUGGCAGGAAACUCUCACCGGAGGGAUUCAGGCAAACCUUGCACCAGUUCCUGUGCAACGGUAACCACCUCCGAAUGGAUCUCCUGGAGCCCAUCAUCCUGCGGCUAAAAGCUCUGCUUUCCGUCAUUAGGAAGCAAAGCUCUUACAGGUUCUACUCCAGCUCACUUCUCAUCAUUUAUGAUGGACAGGAGCACAAGGAGAACACGACACCCUUGGAUAAUCACCUUCACUUCCAAAAAACAAACUGCACCACGUCACACGGCAUUAAUCACUCCAGAGUUGACGUCCGGAUGAUAGACUUUGCCCACACCACUUUUAAAGGCUCCAAAAGCAAUCACACCACUUACGACGGGCCAGACCACGGCUAUAUUUUUGGCCUGGAGAAUCUCAUCAAAAUCCUUCAGAAUAUCUCGGAAGGGAAAUGACAAAUUCUGUGAAAUAGCCUGAAUUUACUAGUGACCGAUAGCCCUGCAAAGUACCGCAUUGGGUCAGUUGUAUGGGACCCUCACCGCUGCUGGAUGUCACGUGCACGGACUGGAAUGAGAGCAUGGACAGCUUGCUAGGAAAGUGCAAAAAAACGCUACGUGCCAUUACUGACCUCAAGCGUAAAAAGCAAAGAGCUGAAAGAAUCUGUUCUGUCUGCAAUCAAUCAAAAGAUUUAUUUCUCUUUCUUGUUUUACUGCUGUCCUUGAUUGAUUUGUGAGCCAAAAGAAAGCAUUACUUGAAAGAGUCUUAACGAU